AUGGUACCAACAGUCACAGCCGCAGCACGGCGGGCACAACGCGUGAUCGAGAGUGACAGUUCCGGUGGAUCCGGCGUCGACGAACUGGACGACGACCUAGACAUGGACGUGGACUCUGCCGCGUCUGAAUCGGAAGCUGAGGCGCCCAAGAUCAAGCUGCGCAUGCCUGCGCGGGCGGCCAAGAAGCCACAGCCGCAGCGGAGUACGCGGACGGCGGCGAUCAAGGCUUCCGCGAGGGCGGUGGCUCAGGCACAGGCUAGCAAGGAGGAGAGCGAGGAGGAUGAGUUGGAUGAUGAAGGAGAGGAGGAUGUUGAGGAGGAGGAGGAGGUUGUGGAGGAGGAGGAGGAGUUUGAGGUUGCGGAUAGUAGAGGGCCGAGUCCUAGUAAGAUGACGGCUAGGCAGAGGGCACGGUUGACGGAGGGGGAUAGUCAUUUGAUGGUGUUGCCGGACGGUUUCUCCAAGCCCAAGCCCGAGCUCACCGAGGCCGAGCGUCUUCAGAAGCGCGAGGAGAUGGCGCGCCGUCGUAAGCGGCAGAACGAGCAGCGGCUCCAGGACGAGCAGGACCAAACUAUCAACCGCCUUUUGCGCGCACAAACCGGCCGUUCUCGCGCCAAGCUAGACGACACGGACACACCCCGCAGCGGCCAAGUAUCACCGGUCAAACGGCCGGUUCCAGACAGCGUGCGGUGGGUCUCGUCUCUGGCCGGUGAGGAUGUGGUGUUACGCGUCGGCGUCAAGGCUGGGCGGGACGAGUGGAUCGCUGUUGGCGAUGGCCCGCGCAUCGAGUCUGACAAGGGCAAUAUGUUGUGCGCGGCAAAGGGGUGUAAACAGCCGCGCAAGUAUCGGUCUGUUGGGAAACGGAGCGUGGGUGGGUGCUGUGUAGCGCAUCUGAGGGAGGUUGAUGUGCGCGUUGCAAACGGUGAGCUGUAG